AUGGCGCAGCUGUUCAGCGGGCGCAUCAUCACCGCGAUGGCCUCGGCAAGCCGGGCGGCAGCAGGCAGCCGGGCCUGGGUGGCACGGCCGCUGGCGGCGGCGCCGCUCGUGGCGGCCCGCCCCAGCCAGCUGCUUAUCGCGCGGGCCAGCAGCAUGGACAACAACAUCGGCAGCGCGCUCAUGGACCAGAUGCGCGGCAAGAUACAGGCGGCCCUGUCGGCUGAGCUGGUGCAGGUGGAGGACAUGCAGGGCGACGGGCGGCACGUGGAGAUCGUGGUGGUCAGCAAGGAGUUUGAGGGGAAGAGCGCGGUCAACCGGCAGCGCAUGGUGUACAAGGCGAUCUGGGAGGAGCUGCAGGAGACGGUGCACGCUGUGGACGCUAUGGUUACAAAGACUCCAGAGGAGAUGAGCGGCUGA